GAUGGUACCGCAACAUUAUUCUGACUUUUAUAGAUUAUAGAAUAUUAUAUUAUCUGAGAACAGUAUACAAUAUCUACUUCAGAGUAGUAUAAUAAUACUGAUCUACUUGAUCUGUCCACUGUGCAGUAAACUAGGUACUCUCAACUCGGCUUUGCAAGAAAAAAAACUACCACCGUAAUGCCUCACUUCCGUAUCGAAACUAAUGUUCCAAAAUCAAAAAUUCCAUCAGAUUUUGUUGUAAAAGCAGUUCCAGUUUUGGCUAAAGCUCUAGGAAAACCAGAAUCGUAUUGCGUUGUGUCUGUAAUUCCUGAUAUUCCCAUGAGUUUUGGUGGCACUAUGGAGCCAUGUGCAAUUGCAAACCUUAUGUCCAUUGGAUCUCUUGGUGUGGAACAAAAUAAAAAGCAUGCAAAAGUUUUAUUUGACUUGGUAGAAAAAGAACUGGGCGUUUCUCCAGACAGAAUGUAUAUAACCUUCCAAGAUGAGCCUACUGGAAAUGUUGGAUUCAAAGGCACAACUUUUCAUUCUAUUUUUGGAUAAAUAAACAAAAUUGUUGUUGCUUUAUAUACAAUUCCCUUCUCUUUAUUUACCCCCUUGUAUAUUCCUACAACAUUAAAGAGGCUCUAAAAUUAGAAAUUAAAAAUAAGUUUCCAUUUUUUUAUGUAAAAACUUAAAAGUGGUUGUUAUAUAUUGUACCUAAAUUGACUAUUUUCUUGAUUGUUGUAAAUAAAAUAUUUAUUAAUU